AAGACAGAAGUCAUACUAAAAACUGGAAGUCGUUUUCACACGCACAGACCAAGAUCAGACGUCCUCCGUGACUGGGCUUGCUGGCCUCUGCACCAUGAGAAACAGAUUUCUAAGGUUGCUGCCAGGACUCUCGCUCCUGCUGCUGUUGUCAUUGGGACCUGCAGCCCGGAACCCUGGAGCCUCUGCCCCCACAGUCUGUGCUCGCUGGUGCCCUCGGAACUCCACAUGUGUCAGUGCCACCGCCUGUCGCUGUGAUCCAGGAUUCAGCUCUUUGUCUGGGGAGAUCAUAACCAGCCCCGCAGAGAGCUGCGAUGACAUCAACGAGUGUGGACCACCCUCAGCAGUGUCCUGUGGGAAAUUUGCAGACUGCCAGAACACGGAAGGGAGCUACUACUGCACAUGCAGCCCAGGAUAUGAGCUUGUUUCUGGAGGAAGAAUGUUCAGGAACGAGAGUGAGAACACGUGUCAAGAUGAGGACGAGUGCAGCUCCGGGCGGCAUCAGUGUCACAGCUCCACUGUCUGCGUCAACACCGUGGGCUCCUACAGGUGCCACUGCCUCCCAGGGUGGACGCUGGUUCCUGGGUCCCCCGAUGGCCCCAACAGCACCGUCUGCGAAGAGAUCUUCCCCCCCUGGACUCCACCUCCUGGAAACAAGAGCCAGCAUCUCUCCCGCUUCUUUGAAAGAGUCCAGCAUCUGCGCAGAGACUUCAAGUCAGCUUCGGUCCAGGACACCAUCCAGAACCUCAUGCAGGAGAUGGAUGUUCUGCUGGAGACCCCAGGGGACCUGGAGACCCUGCCCCACUCAGAGCAGCACUGUGUGGCCUCUAACCUGCUCUUUGGCCUGGAGGAUGUCCUGAGAGGGCUGAGCAAGGCCCUGCCCGAUGAGUCAUUUACCUUCAAUUCAUCUGCAGGCACAGAACUGUCCAUGGAGGUGCUGGAGCAAGGAGACAGGAAUGUCAUCUUGAGUCAGAAUCAGGCAAAGAUGCUGCUGAACUGGGAUGUGGUGCAGAAAUCUGGUGACUCAGGUCGUUCUCUGGUGGGCCUUGUCUCCACGCCAGGGAUGGGUAAGUUGCUGGCUGAGGCCCCCCUGGUCCUGGAGCCUGAGAAGCGGGUAGUUGGACAUGAGACACACAAGCAAUUGCUGCAGGUAGUCUCCCCUGUCCUGCUGUCAGAUGUCUUCACUGCCUUUAUGAGCAGCAAGGACACCCAGAACCUUAGCACCCCAGUCACCUUCAUCUUUAACCACGUGAGUCCAGUGAACACUGGACAAAGGCAGAGGGAGUUCUGUGUCUUCUUGGAGCGUAGCCCAAAUGGAUGUGGUCAUUGGGCCACCACAGGCUGCAGGGUGGUGAGCACCAGAGACACCAGCACCACCUGCCAGUGCACCCACCUCAGCAGCUUCGCCGUCCUCAUGGCCCACUAUGACAUGCAGGAGGAGGACCCUGUGCUGGCUGUGAUCUCCUACGUGGGGCUGGGCCUCUCUCUGCUGUGCCUCCUCCUGGCGGCCCUCACCUUCCUGCUGUGCAGAGCCAUCCAGAACACCAGCACCUCGCUCCACCUGCAGCUCUCCCUCUGUCUCCUCCUGGCCCACCUCCUCUUCCUCACGGCCAUCGACCAAACCGAGAUCAAGGUGCUGUGCGCCCUCAUCGCGGGUGCCUUACACUAUCUUUACCUGGCCUCCUUCACCUGGAUGCUGCUGGAGGGCCUGCACCUCUUCCUCACUGCUCACAACCUGACGGUGGUCAACUACUCCAGCGCGAGCAGGUUCAUGAAGAAGCUCAUGUUCCCUGUGGGCUACGGGGUCCCGGCUGUGAUUGUGGCCAUUUCUGCAGCAUCCAGACCUCACCUUUAUGGAACACCCACCCGCUGCUGGCUCCACUCAGAAAAGGGAUUCAUAUGGGGCUUCCUUGGACCAGUCUGUGCCAUCUUCUCUGUCAAUGUAUCUUUCUUUCUGGUGACCCUCUGGAUUUUGAAAAGCAAACUCUCUUCCCUCAACAGUGAUGUGUCCACCCUCCAGAACAAAAGGAUGCUGACAUUUAAAGCCACAACUCAGCUCUUCAUCUUGGGCUGCACGUGGUGUCUGGGAAUCCUGCAGGUGGGUCCAGCUGCCCACGUCAUGGCCUACCUCUUCACCAUCAUCAACAGCCUGCAGGGCAUCUUCAUCUUCCUGGUGUACUGCCUCCUCAGCCAGCAGGUUCGGGAGCAAUAUGGGAAAUGGUUUAAAAGGGUCAGAAAAAUCAAAGGCGAGUCUGAGACGUACACGCUCUCCAGCAGGGCCAUGUCUGAUGCCUCCAAACCCAACAUGGUAAGAUCAUGAAGUGCUCCCAGAAUACUCCACUGACUGAUCUGCUUGAGUAGCACGUGCCUCCCACACUGGGCAACCUGUGUAUGCAGCAGGGGAUGCCCUGGGUUUGCCCACACUUGGUUUACUGCUGGACUCGUUAACCAUUAGCAAUUGGCUCAGUUUAAAAUCUUAUUUAAAAAAACAUAU